CUAAUAUAUUAUGAUUACUAUGACUAUGAAGACCCAUGUUUUGUGUUCUAGUUUCUUGUUCCAAGACCUCUCUCUCUCUCUCUCUCUCUCUCUCAUACCAGAAACAAACGAAGAAGAGUGUCCUGGUGUUUGUCUUGGUGUUGUAACAGCAAAUCCCAAGUUUUGUGUCUAUGCUGAUCCACCAAUGAAACCAAAAACACAGAAUUAAGAAUAAACCCCAUUAGCCUAGCUUCUACCAAUCAACAAGAACACAAAUUAGUUUAAAUAUAUUGUCAAAAGUUUCCCCUUUAUAUAUAUUAACCAUCCAUCUUUUGUUUCCACACUCCCUUUGUUUGUAUCUCAAAAUGUCAAACAUAUCAGGAGAUGGAGGAGGUAGCUUCUCCUCCGGCAAUACUGGUGGUGUUUUGGAAGAAGGUCAACAAAGGCAGACAUCAAUAGUCAACUCCCAGAGUACAUCCACAGCUGCAGAUGUUAGAUCCACCCCUCAAGAACUUCUUCCAGAUUCAUCUAAGAAGAAGAAAAGAUCCCUACCAGGAACUCCAGAUCCAAGUGCACAAGUUAUUGCUUUAUCGCCAACGAGUCUCAUGGCAAAGAACAAAUAUGUAUGUGAAAUAUGCAACAAGGGUUUCCAAAGGGAUCAAAACCUGCAACUGCAUAGGAGAGGCCAUAACCUACCAUGGAAACUAAGGCAAAGAAGCAGCACCGAAAUAAUAAAGCGAGUGUAUAUAUGUCCUGAACCCACAUGUGUCCACCACAACCCCACUCGUGCAUUAGGAGAUCUAACAGGAAUCAAGAAACAUUUUAGCCGGAAACACGGGGAAAAGAAAUGGAAAUGUGAGAAAUGUUCCAAAAGAUAUGCUGUACAGUGCGACUGGAAGGCUCAUUCAAAAAUUUGUGGCACCAAAGAGUACAAGUGUGACUGUGGUACCAUCUUUUCCAGGUCUGCCGUUCUUCCCUAA